AUGGAUAAUCUGGAUAAAAAGAAGCACAGAGCUCCAAAAAGCGGCGCAAAGGCGUUGAAAAAAACAAAAAAUCCUGCAGAAGUUGUGUCAAGAAACCCGAAAGGAGCUGCUGUGCAGCACACAGUUAAGGCCGCCAGAAAAGUUAGGAAGACGUUGGAUCGAGAAACAAAAAAGUAUCACAUUCAGUGUGUCGCCGACGCGGCCGCUGUGGAUUGGUCUUCGCCUUUGAUAGUUGGUAUAGUCGGCCCUCCAAAAUGUGGAAAGUCCACCUUAUUGCGUGCGUUGAUUAAACACUUCGGGCGCCAGCUUGUUCCUGUAGUUACAGGUCCAAUCACCGUUGUUGUUGGCAAAAAGUUUAAGAUGACGUUCAUAGAAUGCGAUUGUAACAUUAACAGCAUGAUAGAUGUUGCCAAGGUAGCCGAUAUUGUGUUGCUCGUUGUCAGCGUUCACCGGGGCCUCGAGAUGUACCAUUUCGAAUUUAUUAGUAUGCUGCAGACUCAUGGGAUGCCUCGAGUUAUCCCUGUUCUCAAUCAUCUGGACCAAUUUAAGGAAUCAAGUGCGUCAAGGGCUCUGCGGAAGAAGAUAAAGCAGCGAUUGUGGACUGAUAUUUCCGCAAAGAUUUUUUUGCUCUCUCGUUUCAUUCCGAAAAAGAGAGUUUGUGAGGGUAAGGAAGUUGAGGGCGAUUAUUUGCCUGCCGAAAUCCAACGACUCGCCCGAUUGAUGGUUGUGAAAACCCCAAGGCCCUCGGACUGGCGUGUUGGUCAUCCCUAUAUGUUGGUAGACCGUCUGGAAGAUGUAACGAAUCCGCAAAUUUUAAAUGAAAAUGCGAAGGCAGACCGUGUUAUCAGCCUAUAUGGUUGGAUAAAGGGUGCUCCAAUUGAGACCUCUUCCAGUAAUCCUAUCAUACACAUUCCCGGUCUUGGUGAUUUCCCAGUUGCUGAAUGUACCCGCCAAGAAGAUCCUUGUCCCACCCCAGCGCAGCUUUCUCAAAAUCUUUCAUCAACUGAAGAGGCGACUGAGAUUAAGCUAAAGAAGCGCCUAUCGGAGGGUGAAAGAAAAUUAUAUGCCCCUAUGUCAAGUAUUGGUGGCGUUCUCUUUGACCGCGAUGCCACUUACAUAGAUCUUGGCGGUAGUCACCACUUAGGAGGAGGACGACUCUCUUCGGGUAGACGUGCCGUCAUUGGUCCAGGAGAACAAGAAUUGGCCAAGGCCCGUGACCUCUUGUCAUCUACAGGUCUUGGUCUUGAUGAACGACUUGAACGGGAACAUGAAGUGCGCAUACUCGUUGAUGCACCCCUACUAAAGUCUGAGCAUCGGAGGGAGAAUGCAAAAGCGUCUUCCAGCGUAUCUGAGGACUGUUUUGACUGUACGGAGGGUAAAGGGUUGCGGAUGUUUGAAGACACUGCUUUGCUCGACCCAGAGGAUGAAUUGACAAAUUCGGCUAUAGUGGAGCAGCUAAAAAUCAACCAGAGUGCUGAGUUUGACAACCGACAUCAGUUUCUAAAAAACGCAUUUGAUACAGAAGAGGUGACAUCCAACAAUCCCGGGGCCUCAGCCCUUACGGGAGAAAUGUUCCACAUUUCUACAGUUGUUGAAACUUCGGCUUACGAUGACGUUACUUUACCGCAAAGUCACAUUGACCAGUUCUUCCCAAACUGGCGCUUAUCGGCCUCGACUGUACUGAUCGCUAACCGCUUUGCCACUGGCGAGUGGAAUGCGUCUGAAGACGCCGAACAGCUCUUGGCAGCGGACGCUAAUGCUGUGCGAGCCAUGGAGAAGGUAAAAGCACAAAAGUUGACUAAAGCGGCGGGGAGCAGGAUAAAGUAUAAACCGGAUAAGGAGACCGCCGCUGGCAAAGAAUUUCAUUCUGGUCUCCUAGAAGAUAAUGAAAACGACUCAAGUGAAAUUGAAGAAAACGAAGACGAAGAAGAACUAUGCGACCCAACCGGAGGAUUUGAAAAGAGUUUGCUGCGCCCAACAAAACGCCAACGUAUUCUUGAGAAGCGUCGGCGUCACAAGGAGCUUUUUGAUCGUCUUUACAAUGAAGCGCAGCAAGGCUCGGGUCCAGUAAAUGAACCAGCGACCGCCUUCUACGACAGAAUGACCGCUAGAAAGGAAGCUCAGCAACAACUGAAUCGUGAAGUCUUGGCGAAAUUUCCAGCUAACGUUCGCGAGACAGUAGAGGGUGCACCUCCUGGCUCAUAUAUUCGCCUUCAAAUUUCCGGAGUUCCCUACCAAUUCAUCGAAAAUUUCGACCCUCGACAACCCGUUAUAGUAGGCGGAGUGGUUAAGGGCGAGGAAGCCAGAGGCUUCAUCCAAGCUCGAUUCCAGGCGCAUAGGUGGUUAAAGGGUGUCCUUAAAUCAAAUGAUCCCAUCACCGUGUCCAUUGGCUGGAGGCGGUAUCAAACCGUUGGCGUUUUCUCUCGGGAAGAACACAACUUCCGGAAACGCUACUUGAAGUAUUCGCUGGCUCACGAGCACUGUCAUGUCACCUUCUAUGGGCCAGUGGUCCCAGCGAAAACUGGUGUCAUCGCAUUUGUCAAUUCAACAUGGAGAGAACAGACAGAGUCGUACGUGUCACCGAAGUUCAGAAUUGCUGGUGUUGGCACUGUGACCGAUUGCAACGAGUCUUUCCAGAUUAUGAAGAAGCUCAAGCUGGUUGGCUAUCCGAGCAAAAUUUUCUCAAAAACUGCAUUUGUUCGCGGUAUGUUCAAUUCGGAACUGGAGGUGGCCAAAAUGAUCGGUUCCAAAGUCCAAACUGUGUCAAAAGUCAGAGGCCUAAUAAAGAGCGCCCUUACUGGAACAAGUUGUAGACCUGGAGACUUCCGUGCAACAUUUGAGGCGCCCAUCAGGAAAGCAGACAUUGUGUUUUUACGCACAUUCGUCCCGAUUGAGCUAAGGCCCUUUUACAACCCGAUCCCCAACCUCCUUCUGCCUAAAGCGGGAACUGCUGCCAGUGGUAACCAGUGGAGGAUGCUGAGGACAGUUGGUGAACUUCGCUUCGAAGUCGGGCUCAAACCUGAGAUCAAAGAUGACUCGAAAUACAAGGAGCCCCAACGCGUGCCGUUCGUCCCAGCUCCACUGGCCGUUCCUACCAAACUCUUAACGGCUUUGCCUUUUGCUGACAAGCCCAAAUUAAAAAGGAAACAACUUAGAUCCUUGCGACACAAGAACGAUGAGGUCCAUCGCGCACUCAAGGACAAUAUACCCGCUCCUGUCAAUGUUGACGGGAUAUCUGGUGUACCCGAUCCUGUAGGUCACUCCCAUGAACGUGCCCUACUUAUCCAGCGUCUGCGCCAGUUGCAUCAAGCUUUCCAAGAUAAGGAAAAGGAGAAAAUGAUCGCUCGAACAUCCCAAUAUAAGGCAAAGCGCGCGUUUGAAACUCAGCUAGCACUGGCACGCAUUAAAAAGAGGCGAAAGGAAUUCUUCGCACGGCGGGGUGGACGUGUCGGGGAUGGCGACAGAAAGGACUGA